AUGAUGAAGAACUUCAAGGUUCUUCUCGGGGCUGCCCUGGCGGCUAUCCCCCACGCCUCCGCUCAUUACUUUUUCCCUCACUUCAUCGCCGAUGGCAACUUCACCGGAUACUACGAAUAUGUCCGCGAGGACACCCAGGGCUACAUGCCUUACAAGGGCGGGUACUCGAGCGACGAUUUCCGGUGCAACACUGGCUCACAGGAAUUUGCGAGCAAGACUGGGGUGUACAACGUCAAGGCCGGUGACACGAUUGGCUUUGGUACCGACUUCAACGCUCUGAUUGGGCACCCUGGCCCUAUUCAAGUGUACAUGUCUAAGGCUCCUGGAGAUGUGCGUGAAUACGAUGGAUCUGGAGAUUGGUUCAAGAUUUACGAGCUUGGCCCGGAAAAGUUUUCGAGCGACGGUAUCGAAUGGGGCGCGACAGACAUUGGAAACUUCACCUUCGAGCUGCCCAGCGAGAUUCCGUCCGGUCAGUACCUUGUGAGAAUUGAACAUAUUGCUCUCCAUGGUGCCGGAGACUGGGGUCAGGCUGAAUUCUACUUCAAUUGUGCUCAGAUUGAAGUCGAAAGUGACAGCACUGCUAUUCCAGGUCCCACUGUCAAGAUCCCUGGUGUUUAUGACGGAUAUGAGCCCGGUAUUCUGUUCUACAUGUAUCGCCCCUGGAUCGUCAACUAUACCAUGCCCGGUCCCCGCCCAUACCCAGAAGCAGCGGCUCCCGAUGUUACCGCGUCUGGUGUGAGCAUUGCACCGACUGCCACUCCUUGGACAUUGCCAGCUGUGACAAACUUCCCGUCCUCUGUCUCUGUCCCGCAGUCAAGCGCCUUGCUAUCCUCCUCGGCCCGGAUGAGCUCCGGGUCUUUUGUCACUAGCACACCCCUCGCCCAUAAAACAUCUUCCUUUGUCGCUGCAUCUACUCAGCUAACCCAAGCCCUGGAAAAUGCGGUGACUGAGGCCCCCGCUGUAAGCCUGGAAUCUAAACCGGUUCAGGCGAUUUACAGUGAGAGCUCGGCUUCAGUCGCUAUCACAACCGCGUCCUUCCCGACGGAUGAGACUUGUGGCAUUCCUCAAACUGUUACCGUUCACGAAACUGUUACUGUAUCCACUGCCUCUGAAGAGCCCACUUGUGUUCCCGCAACUUCAACAACAACCAUCACCACUACAACAACUGUGGCUGCAACAACCACUGGAAUCAACUAG